ACGCCGUGCGGGUCGACGCCGAGCUGCAGCGGCUCGAGCGGCGGUCCAGCUCCCUCGUGGACGAGUGGAAGCGCCGCUCCUCCUUCUCUAUGAGCUCCAGGGGCAGCCGCAGCUUCUCCGCUCAGCCCGAGGGCGAGGACGACGUCGUGGAGCAGAGCGAGCGUCGUGAAGACAACAAUGACGACGAGGACGAGCUCUACUUCGACGAAGAGGAGGACCUGGAUGUGGCUGAGCGCCUCGAGCAGCUCGAGAGGGAGAAGCAGAGGCUGCUGGGCCUUCUGCUCCGAACGCUCCGGCUCCCCGACGCCCUGCAGAUGCACACCAACGUGGCCAUGUACGCCUCGGAGGCGCAGGCCUGCGAGUCCAUUAAGAAACAGAUCGACCGGGCCAUCGGCCUGUACCACCAGGCGCUGCAGCUGCUGCGUAUGGCGAUGGCCACCGUCGUCUCCUCUCAGUACUCGGGAUCCGCGAGGGAGUUCGCCAACGGCCCGUUCGCGCUCACAGUCGAGGCUGGCCAGCUCAUGGAGGCCGCGGCCAUCGGCAUCCAGCCGGAGGCUCGCCGCAGAUAUCGACAGUUCGCCCCGGAUCUGCAAAGCCUGCGCCUCCCUAAGUUCCCCCAGGUCGUGAGCGACUUCGUCCGUCGCGCCCGCACCAACUUUGACCCGCGCAGUGCGCUGGCGCAGGAGGCCGUGAGGAGACUUCCGGCGUGCGAGACCACCAUGGUCAUGACGCACAAGCUCGUGAUCGAGAAGCUGGAGCUGCUCGACCGAUGGAAACGCACCGUCGAGCAGGACCAGGCUCACGCCCUGGACUCCCAGCAUCGGCUCGAGGCGCACUUGCAGCAGCGUCUCGCUGUGCUGGCCCGGUCCGUGUCGGUCUAAGGCGCAGCAGGUGGAGCUGCAUGCAUUUUCAACUCGGUUAACCACCACUCACGCAGCGCAUGCGGCAAGUCCGCUGCGUUGCUCAUGAAGACGGGGGCUCUACAGCGCUCGGCCUUCCUAGUAAAUCGUUUAUAAUUUAUGCAGCGCCUCAUGCCCGAGCGUUGCUGCGAUUAGUAUCAAAUAGACGUGCAUCGUCAUUUC